UCUGUGACCGCACAGUAGUUCCCACCGGAACCUCAUAAAACCUAGUACAUUUUACCGGCUUCCUUCUCUGUCUCCUGACUUCCUCGUGGACGUCGUAUGGUUAUUUGUACUGUUCUGUAUAUCUUCUCCCUAUUUUCCAAAGCAAUGGCAGCAAACAAGGAACGUACAUUUAUUAUGGUGAAACCAGAUGGUGUUCAACGAAAUCUUGUUGGUGAAAUAAUAAAACGAUUUGAAGCUAAAGGUUUUAAACUAGUAGCGAUGAAGUUUGUAUUGCCGUCGGAAGACCUGCUAAAGAAACAUUAUGCUGAACACAUUGGGAGACCUUUCUUCGCUGGACUGGUAAAAUACAUGUCUUCUGGCCCAGUUGUAGCAAUGGUCUGGGAAGGACUGAAUGUUGUCAAGACGGGGCGUUUCAUGAUGGGUACAACUAAUCCGGCUGAUUCAGCACCAGGUACCAUUCGGGGUGACUUCUGCAUUCAAGUGGGAAGGAACAUCAUACACGGUUCAGAUUCAGUGGAGUCAGCACAGAAGGAAAUAGGCCUCUGGUUUGAGUCAAAGGAAUUGGUUGCUUGGCAGCCAGCAACUCAGGCAUGGAUCUAUGAAGACUAAUUGAAUCUUAUAUACUGUGUACAUUCCAGUUACACAAAAUGCGCCAUUUAUGUGAUAAUAAUAAAUUUUUCAAAAAAAGU